AUGUCUCAUCUUCUACAAUCUAUUUUUCCACCCUCUCGCCAAGUAUCCAGGUCCCCGACUGGCAGCAGCAACUCCCUUGUGGGUUAUUUGGUCCUACUACAAAGGCAAGACACCGUGGGAUCUUUUGGAUCUUCAUAA